UCUACAUCCAUUUUUAAUAUAUUUUUUUCUUUGUUUGUUUGCUACCUGUCCUUUUUUUUUUUUCUUGCUUCAGUGGCUCUGGGAGUCUUCUGGAUGGUGCUGCCCCUUCCUGCAUCUCGGACCGCGUGCUUCUGAGAGGAAGACUCCUGCUUUAUUUAUUCAAGUAUUUAUUUAUUUAUUGCUUCUCGGGGCCAGGGAAGGAAUGGUGGUAGAAGAGAAGAGCUGGAAAGGGGCUGCUCCUGGUAGCUUGGAGACGGGCUACCUCGCACAUCCCAGGACGGGAGGAGAUGGAGAAAGAUGCUGUACUAGGGUACCUCUGCUGCUGAGCUCAGGGCUGCCUGGAAUCUCUUUACUUUCUCUGGUGCUGAGCCUCUUGCUGUACUUCAGGACAUCAGAUCUGCAGUCCAGGGUUUCUCAUUUGGAGGCGGACAGAUCCACUCCGCUGCCUGCCGCCUGCCUCUCCGCAGACCAAAUGGAGACAGCUAUUUUGGGAAGAGUUGACCAACUGCUGGCGGAGAGGAUAAACUUCAAUUUGCCAAGACAUCGGGAGACAAGAGAUAUCUACCAGAGAUGCAACUGCCCAGCAGGUCCCCCCGGUCCCACAGGAAGACCUGGCCUUCCGGGAGACAAAGGUGCCAUGGGAAUCCGUGGACAACCGGGAGCCAAGGGUCAACCUGGAGAGAAGGGAGCUCCAGGAGAGGCUGGAAUGUCCAUCAUUGGUCCUCGGGGACCUCCAGGACAGCCUGGAACAAGAGGUUUUCCUGGAUUUCCAGGUCCAAUUGGUUUGGAUGGCAAACCAGGUCAACCUGGACAGAAAGGGGAAAUGGGGAUACCAGGACAAAAAGGAGAAAAGGGUCAAUGCGGAGAAUAUCCACACAGGGAAUAUCUAAGCACCACACUUGCAGCUCUGCGUUCUAAUCACAUCCUUGCAUUGAAGGGUGAACAAGGACAGGCAGGCAUCCAAGGGCCUCCAGGGCUACCUGGGCCUCCAGGACCACCAGGGACUCCAGGACCAACUGGCCCAUCUGGCCCAGCUGGGAAAACCGGAGAACCUGGCAAGGAUGGAAAGGGUUUGCCAGGACUUCCUGGACCAAAGGGUGACCCUGGACUUCAAGGAUACCAUGGAAGGAAGGGUGAAGUGGGUGAAACAGGCUUACCAGGAACACCUGGACUUCCAGGAUCUGCUGGCUCUAAGGGGGAGAGGGGAAUGCCAGGGCUGCCAGGAAAACAAGGAGUUCAGGGUGAACCAGGGAAUCCAGGAGCAAAGGGUGAGAAAGGGAAACCUGGGGAUCCAGGACCUUCCGGAACCACAGGGCAAAAGGGUGAAAAAGGAGAUUCUAGCAAUGCAAUUGGAGGUGGCAAAGGAGAACCAGGAACCCCAGGAAUCCCAGGAUUGCCAGGGCCUCCAGGACCAAAGGGCCCCAAAGGUGAACCAGGGAAGAGUGAAAUGGUAGACUACAAUGGCAAUAUCAAUGAAGCUUUACAGGAGAUACGAACAUUGGCCCUCAUGGGACCUCCUGGUCUUCCAGGCAUCGCAGGGCCAGCCGGACCUCCUGGACAGAAGGGUGAAAUUGGCUUGCCAGGUCCCCCCGGACGUAAUGGAGAAAAGGGUCUUGAUGGCCUAAAUGGAAUUAAAGGUGACCAAGGGAUGCCUGGACCUCCUGGUCUUAUCGGUCCAACUGGACUUCCAGGUUUUACAGGAGAGAAGGGAGAACCUGGAGAAAAAGGAGAUAUCGGGGCUUCAGUAACUGGUCCACCAGGGCCUCGAGGUCCACCUGGAAACCCAGGUCUUCAAGGCUUACCGGGACCUAAGGGAGAAGCAGGAAUUGAUGGAAUAAAAGGUGAAAAGGGUAUCCAAGGAGAAAAAGGAGAUCGGGGUCCUCUGGGACUGCCUGGCGCUUCAGGUUUAGACGGCAGGCCUGGCCCACCGGGUACUCCAGGACCAGCAGGUGUCCCAGGACCAGCAGGACCGAAAGGAGAGAGGGGAAAUAAGGGAGAUUCUGGUUCUACAGGACCGAUAGGAUCAGCAGGCCUUCCCGGCUUCCAAGGACCACCAGGUGAAAAAGGAAAUCGGGGGGAAAGGGGCAAGAAAGGCUCUAGAGGGCCUAAAGGGGAUAAGGGAGACCAAGGAGCACCUGGAUUAGACGCACCCUGUCCAUUGGGGGAAGAUGGGUUGCCAAUUCAAGGAUGCUGGAAUAAGUGAAUAUUCUAACCAUGGACUGGCCUGUGUGUCUGUGUGUAUGUUUGUGCAUAGAAUAUUUAUUUUUAUACACUGUUCUUUUUUUAAAGUACCGACAGAUAUGCAUAAAAAGCUGCAUAUUUUUUUGUACAUAAAAUGCUACAAUUCCACUUUAUAGCUGUCUGCCAGUUGCUUGUAUAAUUAUAUAUAUGUUGAUAACUCUGCUUUUUGCAUUGUGGAAUUCAGCUGCAAUAUUGGCAUGAUAUUUGUGCACUCAAAAAAGUGUUACAACUUAGUAAGCUAUUGAGUAAAGAUGCUAGGAAGAACCAUUCUGUGUAUAUACAAAGACCCAAAAAAAAUGGCAAUGAGUGCAAGGACAUAUUAAAAUGCUAUGGAUUUUUAUUAUUAAAAGGAAAUGAAAAGGCAUUUGUAAAUAAAUUCUAUAUUGGUAUUUGAAUGUGUAAAAUGAAGUCAUUGUAGUAAGAGGUAACUGUGGCAAUUCAUUUUCAUGUGCACUACACACAAAGGGUAGAAGCACAACAUUGUUCAAAACUGAGGAUAACCAACUAGUCAUAUGUACACACCCUACAAAGAUUGUCUAAUGAAUCAAGACCAAGUUGAUUUCCCCCCCCCCCAUCAGAUUCUGACCAAAAGCACAAUUUUUGAUGCAAAAUUACAGCAUUCUUAAAUGAUAAGUCUGAUCAAUUUAGCAAAUAAUGGAAAUUUCUAGCAUUUGUACAUAGCUUUUCAAGAGAUCCAGAAACUGCAUAGAAUGAGCCUUCAGAGGAAAGAACCAUCAGGAAUGACUCUGGUCCUGUGCCCCCUCCUCCAUCAAUUCAUUAGGCCCAGUUUUCCAAUAUCCUUGUGCCACUAGGUCCAUUUAAUGCUCUGUUGAAGGAAAUGUUUUAUUGGCAACAAUGCAGAAAAGAAGAGGCUAACAAACAGACCUUUUUCUCACAGCUGGAAAAAAAUUUUUGUAAAGAACUGGAAGGGAAAUACACUGCUUUCUCCCUGCCUCAUAAUAUCAGCAUCAAGCUAAAUAGAAUUUGGAAGAUUGAAUAAUGGGUUAGGAUUACCAUUAUUAAGAGCUGUGGUGGCGCAGUGU